AUGGCUGGCUACGUGGAAAGUGUCGGUAAAGAGGUGGUUGGCUUUCAAGUUGGUGACAAAGUAGCUGCUUUUCACACCAUGCGGACUUUGGGUGGCUCUUUUGCGGAAUUCGGACUUGCGGAGAGCAGCACAACUUUUCUACUACCGGAACAUGUGUCAUUCGAGGAAGCUUCAACAAUCCCUCUCUGCGCCUACACUGCCGCAGUAGCUCUAUUUGCUCGACUUAAACUCCCUAUGCCGUGGGCUCCCCCAAAUGAACUGACACCCCUCAUUAUAUAUGGAGCGUCAUCAGCUGUCGGUGCAUUUGCUAUUAAGUUGGCGCGACAUGCUGAAACACUGCUUGAUAAAUCGCGCGGUGAUUCUAUUGUCGAUUAUCGAAAUGGCAAAAUUCUUCAAGACAUUCGGCAUGCUUUGGAUGCUGCGGGUACGCACGACGUUUACCACGCCAUAGAUGCGAUAUGCGAGAAUGAUAGGAUGGAUUAUUCCGACAUACGAAACGAUAUUAAUAAAGGCAUUAUUUAUGUGGGAGUUGUCAACGGAAAUGUUGAACAUGAUGAGCGGCUUGCAGGGAUGGAGAAAAGAGACCCUAUCCCACACCGACGCGAUUUCGGCUUGGUCUGGUCAACGCUCUUCAGCCGUGGACUUCGUGAUGGUUGGCUUACCGCUCAUCCUUAUGAGCUGGUGCCAGGUGGCUUGGAGGGUGUUUCACCAGCGUUGAACAAUCUCAAAGCUGGAAAGGCAAGCGCGAAAAAGAGCAAAUCACAUGCAUUCAGCAACAUAAUAACUGCGCCGCAGAAGAUUGGCAUUAUGACAAAACUAAUUGUCAUUCUGGGAAUAACCGGCACGCAGGGGGCCUCUGUUGCGGACGUAUUCCUCCAGGAACCUGGAUGGAAACUGAGAGGAGUAACUCGAGAUGCAUCCAGAGCUUCCAGUGCGUAUUGGAAGCAAAAGGGUGUCGAGAUAGUGGAGGCAGACCUCGAUAAACAAGAGUCCCUCGAGGCAGCGUUCAAAGGCGCCAAUGCCAUAUUCGGGAACAUCGACUCGAUCGGGCCACUGUAUGAUCCGUACAACUAUGGCAAACUUCGUCCUGGCCAAACCAUCAACGAAUUCUGCUACGAACUAGAGGUUAAGCGUGGCAAAAAUAUGGCCAAUGCGGCUGCUAGAGUGGACACUCUUGAGAGAUUCGUGUUCUCGGGUCUUCCUAGCAUCAAAUCGGUCACUAAUGGAAAAUAUCCCCAUGCGUAUCAUUUCGAGGCCAAAGCUGCAAUUAUGGCCCAUAUCAAGUCUCUACCAAACUUGGCUGCUAAAGCUUCUGAAGUCCAGCUUGGAGAAUUUGCGACGAAUUGGAAGUCUUGGAGAUCAAGACGACCAGUCAAGCAAGAAGAUGGCUCUUAUGCAUUUCUUGUACCGGGGGAUAGAGACGUACCAAUGCCGAUCACUGUUCAGAGAAAGGAUACUGGAUAUUUCGUCCGAGCUCUCGUUUUGAUGCCUCCUGGCAAAAUCCUUUUAGGAUAUGGAAGUUUCAUGAGCCACGCAGACUUGAAUCGCGUAUGGACCAAGAUCUUGGGAGUUCCGGACGGCGGUGUAAAACAUAUUACAGUUGAAGAGGCUAUCAAUUUUGAAGGGCCACCACUUGGCAUAGAGCUUGCAGAGGCAGUGGCGGGACUAAUGCAGUUCGAUAUGGACACGCCGGGCUUUAUGCACCCCCAUGAGGUUCCAAAAGAAAUUGGCUGCCCGACUACAAGCAUCGAGGAGUAUUUGAAGAGUGAAGACUUCUCGUCCAUGAUGGAAGCUCUUUAA